UGCUUCCCCGCUGGGCCGGCCAGAUGUCACCGCUGUGCCUGAGCUGCCUGCCGACUGCACGGCGAGAGGACUGCUUUGCUUCCCAAUCCCAGCAGCCUCGGUUUCCCUUCUCGACAGAGAGGCGGAGGUCUAGGGGGUGACUGCCACAGAAACUCCCGGAGGCUGCGUGGGCCACCUGGGGACAUCAGGCCCUGCUGUCAAGACCAAUCGCCCUAAGCCUGUCUGAGGAGCUCCAGGCUUGGGAGCAGCUGUGAAAGCCUCCUUUGUGCCUGAGGAGAAUGAGCUGCAAGAGGACCGGGGGCCCUGGCCCAGGGAACCCCUCUGGCCCCGGCUCCUGAGGCCAACACCAGCAGGGAGGACCCCCAGCCUGGCCCCCGAGGCCCACCCAGGCCUGGUGCCCACUCCGUGCCAUGGGAGCCACCCAGGGAAAGAAGAAAGAAUACUCACCUCAGGCCAUAUUUCAUAGUGAAGACGAGGAGCAGAGACUAAAUGGUUCAGCCUCCAUGUACUCAGAGAUCCAGAGGGAGCGGGCAGACAUUGGCGGCCUGAUGGCUCGGCCCGAGUACAGAGAAUGGAACCCGGAGCUCAUCAAGCCCAAGAAGCUGCUGAACCCUGUGAAGGCCUCCCGGAGCCACCAGGAGCUGCACCGAGAGCUGCUCAUGAACCACAGAAGGGGCCUGGGCGUGGACAGCAAGCCAGAGCUGCAGCGCGUCCUAGAACACCGCAGGCGGAGCCAGCUCAUCAAGAAGAAGAAGGAGGAACUGGAGGCCAAGCGGCUGCAGUGCCCUUUUGAGCAGGAGCUGCUGAGACGGCAGCAGAGGCUGAACCAGCUGGAGAAACCACCAGAAAAGGAAGAGGACCAUGCCCCCGAAUUCAUUAAAGUCAGGGAAAACCUGCGGAGAAUUGCCACACUGAGGAGUGAAGAGAGAGUGCUGUAGAGCUGGCCGGCGGCACCUCGGCACCCCCACAGCCCAGCCCUGGCCCCCGCCCUCCCCCAGCCCGUCUGCAUUUGGCAGCCCUGGACCCCCAGGCCCCGGAACAUCUGUGAUGUUCACGCUUGCACCUGUAAAAACGCACUGUCCCAGAGCGCAUGCCUAUCCCCUUCCCCUCUGCCCCGCAAGCCCCCAGGAUUUUCCUUCCGAGCGCCUACCUGUCCUGCUCUAAAAGGAAGCUGCUGCUGGGAAGACUUUGACAAGGCACCUCUUCCUGAAGGGGCUUCUGAGUCCUGCUGAGAUUUUCCUGGCGGAGUGCGGAAGGGAGGACAGGGGCCCACCUGGCCUGACAAGCCCUCCAUGCUGCCCAGGCCCCCAUGGGGCCCUGCUUCUCUGGGCAGCCUGACUCGCAGGUUUCAGAGAACUUCCCUGCUCACAGUUUUACCUGCAGCCAGGUGUGAAGCAAGUAAUGGAGCAUUUGGGACACCUGCCUUGAAAGCCAACCAAGGGGAAAAUAGUUCUCAGUUAUUGGUGAGGAAGGGCAGAGGAGUGCAGCCCGCAGGUGGCCUCUGGCUCACAUCCUGGCAAGUGGGAAAGGUACUAACAAAGACAGCUUCUUAGAAUUUGCCGGCCUCUCCCCCACACCCUCUCCUCCCCACAGCCCUCCCUGUCCGGGCCUUGUAACCACACCUAGCCAGGGCUGCAGCCCUCCUACUCCCAGACUUCUAGAAAAGCGCUUCCCAAAUUUCAUCGUGCCUACGAAUCACUGGGGAUCUCGUUCCAAUGUGGCUUCUGAUUCAGUAGGUCUGGGGUGGAGGCUGAGACACUGCAUUUCUAACAAGCUUCUAGGACCACACUAAGCAAGGCUGGAGCACCGGGGGUGCUAAAUAUUGGAAACAUCACCCCUGAAGCCAUCUCUACACCCCAACUCCCAUGGACCUGUGCCCUGGGAGCUCCCACCCACCUCUGCAGCCCUUGGGGCUCUUUAUUAUCCAACCCACCCCAGGGACCCCAGGCCUGAGAAGACUUUUAAAGCCUAGCAAAUUGUGUCAGGUGUGUGAUUGUGGUUUUCACUAGAAAUGUAUAAAAUUGCCAAUCUGCAUUUCCUACCAUACUGUUAAGGUACAAUUCUAGCAAAAAAAAAAAAAAAUUUGGUACCUUUUCCUAAAACCCGUGGAGAGCAAAUAUACAGUGGUUUCCAACAGGUUUCUGGAGACAGAAAUGGCGAUUGAGGAGCCCACUGCCGCCCUCACAGCCGAGUCCGCUGGAGUCCCCACAUUCGGCCUCUGAACCCGAGACCACCCACACGUGGUUUUUAUCACCUGGGCCAGCUCCGGUGACUUCCAAAAAUCCCUCCCAUGUGAGACCAAAUAUUUUCACCUUUUUCUUCCAUUUUUGAAGAUUUAAAGAAUAAAUCGGGCCUGUUUCUUUCUCCCCUGAAGAAUAAACCCUGCCUCUGGCUUUGUAAACCCAUCCGUGAAGGGGCGUGAACAGGGCUAGAAAAGCAUUUCUUUUCACCAGAACCACCAGAAAGAGCUGCCACUGGGAUGCUGUUUGAUCCUGACCAGCAGGGGGACCACCCAAGGGGAGGGGCUGGCCUGGUCUCUCUCCUGACUGCGGGAUCAGAGAUGUCCUUUUCCCAUUAACAGUGCCCACGUGGGGAUGUGAGUAGAGACAUGCCUGUGUGUGUGUGGUGUGUGUGUGUAUGUAAGCUGAGCUCCAAAAGGCUCUUGAAGAUGAGGGUGUGGUACUGCAGUUUUGAAUCUCUGCUAAAUGAGGCGACACUUGGGAUGGAUUAUCCUUCAUAGAGACCACCGCUUCCUCAAAGAAGCCACCUCAGAGGUCGAUGUGUUGUUCAGGCAUGUGAAAAGCAGCACGACAGAGUCUCUAAGCUGGAGCAGGCAGGCCCCUUAGCAUUUCACUCGGGUCACCUGGGGUGCUUCAUGGGGGUGGCAAGUCAAGGAGAUAAAGCCCUAGAAUAGAAGGGACCUCAAGUACCAUUUGUCCUGUGGAACCAUGGCAGACACCCCUGUUUACUCCGCAACGGUCACCCCAACUCCUCUCCAGCAACCUCCCACUGUAGAGGUGGUAAGUCCAGAUUCUCAUUGUUCCAGCCUCCUUUGCAACUUGGGGUAAGCAUGUGACCAGGUUUGGGCAGUGAAACCUAACAGGAAGUCUACAGGGACUUCUGUGAGUGCUCGUGCUCUUCUGAGGAGAGAGGCAGACAACAGGCAACACUUCCCUACCCAGCCUCCCUUCUUCCUGCCUUGAUUGAGGCAGCGACACCUGGAGCCACAGCAGCCCUCUUGCUACAGUGAGAAAAAGCCCAAGAGGAUGUCAAAGACCUUGCCCCUAUCAACAUUUGACCAAGCCCAUGCCAGCUGCCAUCCUCAUCCAGGAUUAUUGUAAAUAAAAAUAAAGCUUUCUUUGUUUAAGCCA